AUGAUAGAUGGAAUUAACUACCUACCAGGGUUAGGCAAGAGCGAUCACAUUGUAUUGACCUUUGAAUUCACUUGCUAUUCCAAGCCUAAAGCUAACAAAACGAACAAGCUCUGCUACCACAAAGGGAACUACGACAACAUCAGAGAAGACCUGGGAGAAAUGGAUAUAACCGAGCUAAAGUCAAUGAACGCUGUAGUAGAAACUUGGAACUACCUUGCUGAAAAACUAUUCACCACAAUGGAAAAAAAUAUACCAGUGAGCAAGAUAGGACCAGGCAUGAUUACUAAAAAGCCCUACAUAGACAACAACUCGUUAGAAGCCAUUCAAAAUAAACACCGAGCAUGGACAAAGUACCUGCACUGCAAAACUGCUGAAAACUACGAGGAAGUUAAAAACGCCAGACAUAGAACAGCAAAAGCAUUGAAAAAGUCAAUGAAAAACUACGAAAAAGGAUUAGCCGACAACAUAAUAGCCAACCCCAAGGCAUUCUGGAAAUACGUAAACUCCAAAACAAAGACACAAAGUACAAUCAACAAAGUGACAAAAACUGAUGGAACACUAACAACAAAUGAUAAGGAAACAGCAGAAACCCUCAACAACUACUUCGCUAGUGUAUUUGUCAUUGACGGCAACACCAACAUACCAAAUCUAACCCCAAGGACAUAUGAAGAAGUGCUGGACAACAUUAUAAUAUCGCCCGAGCUCGUUAAGAAGGCAAUCAAGCGGCUAAACCGAAAUAAAUCGGCAGGACCGGACAAUAUCCAUCCUAGGGUGUUAGUAAACACAAUCGAUGAGAUUGCAGAACCACUCAUGUAA